AUGAAGGCCUUUCUUGCUGGCAGUCGCAAGCGCAAGUCGACCGAGGAUGCACCCAGCCAAGCUGCAGAUACCGCCCACGACGACGAGCCGACCGAAGUCAAGCUCGCGAUGCUCUCGUCGCUCCAUCCAAAGAUUGAUCAAGAUACCUUGUUAGAUGUGCUGCUCGCUUACGACGGCUCAGUCAAGGAGGCAUCGGCCUCGUUGCGUCAUGUGCGCCUCGAGCCGACCAAGUCUGGUGUCAUUGGCUACCAGCAGUCGCUCAAGCAGUAUGCGCUUCCUGCGGAUCCGACAUUAUCACACACAAAGAAGCUCAAGUCCAAGAAAGGUAGCACCCUGCAUCUUUUUGACCCGGUGGACGUCUCGGAGCACACGCCUUGCACUAUCAUCCAUAAUUUUCUGCCGCUCGACGUCGCCAACGACCUGCUCAAAGAGCUGCUGGCAGAGUCGGAGACGUUUGAGCGCAUCACCUUCAAACUGUUUGACAAUGUCGUCUCUAGCCCACACACUUCGAGCUUUUAUGUCGAUAGUUAUGAAGAGAUAAUGUCGCAAAAGUCAGAAUUCUACUACAACGGUGCGCAGCUUACUGAUGUUCGACGCAUCACUCCGCAGCUAUCGAAGGUUAAACCAAUCGUUCAAGAAACUGUGAACAAAGAAAUACAGCAUCGCAUCAAAACGAGAUAUCCCGGUGGCAAGAAGCUCAAAUACCAGUCUCCCCACCCCUGGGUUCCCAACUCGGCAUUCGUCAAUUGCUACAAUGGCGCCCAGCAGAGCGUAGGAUACCACAGCGAUCAGCUCACCUACCUCGGGCCACGCGCCGUGAUAGGCUCCAUAUCGCUUGGGGUCGCACGCGAAUUCCGAGUGCGCCGCGUGCUCCCCAAAGAUGCCGAGACCAGGACAGCGCAAGAUUCGGAUGCAGAAGGCCAGAUAUCGAUCCAUCUCCCUCACAAUUCGCUACUCGUCAUGCACGCUGAAAUGCAAGAAGAGUGGAAACACUGCAUCGUACCGGCGCUCUCGAUUGACCCUCACCCCAUUGCGGGCAACCGACGCAUCAACAUUACUUAUCGCGACUACCGCGCCCAGAUGCACCCGUCACAGACGCCGCGGUGCGCGUGCAAGAUUCCUUGCGUCCUGCGCGUUGUGCAGCGGAAGCGUGAGAAUUUUGGAAGGUAUUUCUGGAUGUGUCAUGCGGGCAACGUUCCAGAUAAAGAAGGAUGCUCAUUCUUUCAGUGGGCAGAGUUUGACGAUGACGGAAAUCCCAAGUUUGAUAAGAAGCCAGCAAUACCCCCUGAAAGCCAGGUUAAAACGAAAACAUGA